AUGUUGCAGAGAUUUCCUUCAUCGCGUUCGCGAGAGGGCUCUCGCGUUCGCGUAUGGCAUUUGAAAAGAGCAGCUGAGUUGUUCUUCACGUUCGCGAAGGUGUAUGACAAUAAGGCUACGCGUUCGCGACCAGGUCAUCGCGUUCGCACAGAGUCAACAGUCAUUGGAGCUUCAGAUGGAAAAAAAAAUCUACAGCUAUGCCGUAUCGUGAUAUGUAUAAUAGUGGGGGAUUAUGGGACAAAAAUAAAUCCACUUGGUUUCAGACUGGGUACAACCCAAGGUCAUCAUUCCCUUUGGUUUUCACAACCAAAAAAUUAUUCUGAAGGUUUACAAGAAGAUCAAAAAAUAAGAGAUUGUAUCAAGAAUUAUGUACAAAAGAAUAUGAGAACGUCCUCUGGCGUCGAGGGAAUUGCACGUAUAGAGAUUCAAAAAAGAAUCGAUCUGAUCCAGGUCAUAAUCUUUAUGGGAUUCCCAAAAUUAUUAAUAGAAAGUCGACCGCGCGGAAUCGAAGAAUUACAAACGACCUUACAAAAAGAAUUUAAUUGUGUAAACCGAAAGCUGAACAUUGCUGUCACAAGAAUUGCAAAACCUUAUGGAAACCCUAAUAUUCUUGCAGAAUUUAUAGCUGGACAAUUAAAGAAUAGAGUUUCCUUUCGAAAAGCAAUGAAAAAGGCUAUUGAAUUAACAGAACAAGCGGAUACAAAAGGAAUUAGGGUGAGAGGAUUCUUUUGUGUAAAUUUGGAAGUGAUUGACCAAUCGCCGCCGGCGGAGGCGAUUUUCGGCCGGCGGUUUGCGGUGGUAGGCGGCGGAAUUAGGGUUUGGGUGUUUGGGGUCUGA